AUGAAUAUACUUAGAAACGGAUUGAUAAUAAAUAAACAUAGAUUAAGUAGAACAAUGACUUCUGUAGCGUCAACUUUUAAAUAUCAACCUCCUGUUGAUAGGGAAAUGAGAGAACUAGAUAGAUCUUUUUUUGUUACAAAUAUUUCUUUAUGUGUUGUUAAAUUUCCUGAACCUAAACAUAUUAAUACAUUUGCUAAACAAUAUAGAGAUGCGAUUUUAAGAGUGCCAAGAAUCCCUCAUGUGGUUAAACUUGAUCAAAAAUUGGAAGAACCCCAAAGCACAGGUGAUAACACUAAUAAGAAUAAAAAGUUGAAAACAAUUGCCUGUGAUAAUGGAAUUGUCACUAAGGGUGUCUUGUUGAAUGAUUCAAUUAAAUCAUUAGAAGAUGUUAAUGAUAAACUAUCCAAAGAGGCAUUAGAAUUUUUGAAAGAAACUGGUGCAACUAUUCUUCCGUAUGAAUAUGUCAUGGAUUAUAAUUUUUGGAAAGCUGAAGAAAUAUUGAGAUCUGUGUUACCAGAAGAAUUCCUAGAUGAAAUCCCAACAGGUUUUACGAUAACUGGCCAUAUUGCACAUUUAAAUUUGCGUAAAGAAUUUAAACCAUAUGAUACAUUGAUUGGGCAAGUGAUUCUUGAUAAGAACCAGAAAAUCGAAUGUGUCGUUGAUAAAGUUAGCAGUAUUGCGACACAAUUUAGAACCUUCCCGAUGAAAGUGAUUGCAGGUAAAACUGAUAAUUUAGAGGUUGAGCAAAAAGAAUCCAAUUGUACAUUUAAAUUUGAUUUCAGUAAAGUAUACUGGAAUUCCAGAUUGCAUACUGAACAUGAUAGAUUAGUUAGUAAAUACUUUAAACCUGGAGAAGUUGUGUGUGAUGUAUUUGCAGGGGUUGGGCCAUUUGCAGUUCCAGCAGGUAAAAAAGAGGUUAUUGUUCUUGCUAAUGAUUUAAAUCCUGAGAGUUAUAAAUACUUACAAGAGAAUAUAAAGUUGAAUAAAGUUGAACCUAUAGUGAAGCCAUUUAAUCUUGAUGGGGCUGAAUUUAUUAGAGAAUCGAUUAAUCUAUUACGAGACUGGCGUUCUGAAGAUGAUAAAAUAUUAUUGCCAAUAAAGAGAAAGAAGCAUGAGAAGAGAAUUGAGAAUGCUAAAGAUGCUAAUUCUAAUAAAUUCAAAGAAAUCAAGAUACCAUUUCAAGUUAAUCACUAUGUGAUGAAUUUACCAGAUAGUUCUAUAGAUUUCUUAGGAAAUUUCAACGGUAUAUUGAAAUCAUCAGAUUGUUCAGACAUGGGUAUGCCAUGGAUACAUAUACAUUGUUUUGAGAAGUAUGAUAAUGAUGAAACACCAACUGAUGAAGAAAUUCAUAAACGUGUUUACUCACGGAUAUUAAAAUCGAUGAAUACAACACAAGAGAUAUUGCCAUUUGAGAAUUUACAAUUUCACUUAGUUCGUAAAGUAUCACCUACGAAACCAAUGUUUUGUGUAAGCUUGCAAUUACCAGAACCAAUUGCAAGAAAUUAA